CUUUGGGAGAACUCCGGUGGCCAUACAUUCGGUCCAAUACACUUUUAUUAACAUGCAGAUGGUAGUGCUUACAUGUACGAAGUUGAAAGUGACCAAUUAUUUGUCUAUUCGUGUCCUUCGAAUGGAUUUAAUACCAGUUUGGAAAUAAAGUGCAAAUAUUAAUCAUAGCCUUUCCUAGCCGUCGUCUGUUAUCGAUUCCUUGUUUAAGAUCUCGAGAACCCGUUGUUUACCCGAUACAUGCAGUUCUCGACAAUGUCUUCGCUAUCACCCGUGCAGGCACCGGAGCAUAUCCUACAGCUUCUUUCUAAACUUCAUCGCGUCUCUUUGGAGCAGGAAGUCGCUAUUGCGGACAAAGGCAAGGUCUUCUCAUCAGAAGUCCUCGACGAUCUAGAAAAUAUACACGGAAUCGAGGGUUCCAGAAACGCAUUUGACCAACUCAUGUUAGAUAAAUUCAUAGCCCUGGACGCGGACAAGUGUCAAUUCGUGUACCAGCUUAUUAAUGCGAUGGGAGCCACCAACGUUGUUGAAGCAGGGACCAGCUUCGGAGUCAGUACAAUAUAUCUUGCUCUUGCUGUUGCCCAAACCAAAGCAGCAACUGGAAAACCGGGUAUCGUCAUUGCCACGGAAAAAGAGCGGGAGAAGGCCGAGGCCGCUAGGAAAUACUGGGCUCAUUGCGGUGAUAUCGUGGAACAGCAGAUUGAUCUUCGAGAAGGGGACUUACUUGAGACGCUCAAGGCUGGGUUACCUCGAGUCGACCUUCUUCUCCUUGAUAUCUGGUCUUCGCUCGCGCUUCCAACACUUAAGGUAGUCCAGCCUUAUCUUCGACACGGCGCUGUCGUUCUCGCGGAUAACACCAUAUCCAGCGCCAAGGGUUACGCAGACCUACUUUCGUACUUGCAAAAUCCUAAGAAUGGUUUCCGAAACAUGACUCUGCCCUUUACGAAUGGCCUUGAAAUGAGCGUAUAUUUGCCAGGUUCCCAAUGACUCGAUCACUAUACAAAACAUUCGUCAUGUGAA